ACCGCGGUAACAACGUUAAAAAAAAUCUAUCAGCUGGUCACAUCCGAUCGAUCAGCGUUAUCACCCGUUACUGUCUGAACAAGAACAACAAAAGGAACAUGCACAAUUGACAAUAACAACAUAUUGAAUUAGCUUUUGUUGUAACAACGUGAACUUUGAAAAUUAUUAUAAACUUUCAGGUUUUUUCAUUCUUUGUGUAUCUAUUUGAAUUACAGAUCAUUUUUUAAGUGAAUUUUCUUCGAAGUGUGUGUGUUUCAUGAGACCAAAUUUCAUUAAAUGCCAAUGACUUGACGGAUAGCUAACAUUGGCAUGUCGCUUGAAACCGAUGGUUGUACUCAACAAAAAGAAUACGACUACUUACUAAAAUUUUUGUUAGUCGGUGAUAGUGAUGUGGGAAAACAAGAGAUGCUCAAUGAUCUUGAGGACGGAUCUUCAGAAUCACCAUAUUGUAGUGGAAGUGCGUAUAAAACUACAACUAUCUUGCUAGAUGGAAAGCGAGUAAAAUUACAACUUUGGGAUGCCUCUGGUCAAGGUCGUUUAUGUACAAUAAUUAGAUCUUAUUCAAGAGGUGCUCAAGGUGUUUUGCUCGUAUAUGAUAUAACAAAUAAAUGGUCAUUUGACGGCCUUGACAGAUGGCUCAAAGAAGUUGAAGAGCAUGCACCAGGUGUCCCAAAAGUAUUAGUUGGUAACCGUUUACACUUGGCAUUUAAACGACAAGUUAGUGUUAAAGAAGCAGAAGCAUAUGCGACAAAACAUCAUAUGACUCUGUUUGAAGUUAGUCCUUUAUGUGAUUUUAAUAUAAGAGAAAGCUUUAGUGAGUUGGCAAGAAGAGCAUUACAUAGAAAUGGUAUGGAAAGACUUUGGAGGUCAAAUAAAGUUCUGAGCCUUCAAGAGUUAUGUUGUCGUGCAAUCGUAGCUCGAACUACUCAAUAUGGUAUAAAUCAAUUACCUUUGCCUGUGACAAUAAAAUCUCAUCUUAAGUCUUACGCACUAACAAGUUUCUCUACUCUUUCUAUGUCAUUACCAAGAAAUGCUUCAGCAUCAAAAAAAAUUAAACUACCUUCAAACAAUUCCGGUUUAUCAUCGCAUAACCAUACUACGCAAUCUAUAUCUAAUAACCAUAGUAUAAAAAAUACAGCAUUAAAUAUUUCACCAUCAUACAUUACAAGAAACUCAUGUACUAUAUCAUGACUUAGUUUAAUUUAUAUUUUUAUCAAAAUGUAUUCUAACUCAUAAUUAUUAGUUUUUCCUUACAUUAUAAGUAUUUUUGAUAUUGUGUGCAAGAAAGUUUUUACAUGCCAUUUUAACUAAAGCAAUAAUACUUUUUUUAUAAUAACAGAUAAUGCAUGGAAUGCUGUAUGUGUAUCAAUCUUUUUUAAUUACUUAAAGUGUUUUUACAAAUAUGAUUCUAUAAAAAAAAAUAUAUUUAUAUUAAUGUGGCUAUAAUUGCAAAAUUAUGUAGUUUUUCAUAGAUUUUUCCCUUUUUUUAAUUAUUUAUUGAAUGGACAACUGUAAUUAUUAUUAUAAGUAUAUAUUAGUAAACUUAUGUAAAUAACAAAUACUCACUUUUUUAGUCAUUUUAUUUUUGCAUUUGUGAAUUCUAACUAUUUUUUCUUUUUGUAACUGUUUUUGAUUAUUUUUAUUAUUAUUAAAUUUUUUUUAUUAUUGUUUUGAAAAAAUAAUUAAAUUUUUUAACAUUGAUAAAUAAACGUUGGACUGAAAAGUCAUUCCUACAUGA